CAUUUUGAUUGUAGAAAAAUUUCCCUCUGUCAUUUGCCACCGGCCACGACACUGAACACACGUGCGUUUUGGAAGAAAAGUGACAUUUCUAAAAAAUUGUGUUUGGAUAAGACUAUAAAAGGAUGAAGCGUGGUGAAAAAAUGAUAAAAAUGAUAAUGUCCAAGGGACUUUCUGAAAAUAAUCUUGAGAAGACUGAAGAAAAGAUAACUAACGUAUCUGAAGUAGUUGUCCAGGGCCAUAUCUCAGCUACAGAGAAUAUAGAACCAUCAAACAUAGUAUCCACAUCCAAAUUUUGUGAGAUUAUUAACGUUGAGCCACUGCAAACUAAUUUUAAUUCCAUACGCACUCCAUUGAAUAAUUUGAAUAACAAUGUUCAGACGUCGAAUCUUAUUAGCAACAAUUCUUUUUCGGAUUCACAAAUUACUCCAUACCUGUCGAUUGAUCAACCUGGGCCUAGUAGGAUUAUCGUGCGAACUCCCGUAAGUGAUUCAGUAUCAGAAGAAAGUACUGACGUUCUCCAUUCCAAGAUUUCAAGCAAUAUAAUAAUAUUAUCGGAAUCGGAUAUAUCCUCUGAUGAUGACGAUAGUUGUUCCAACUCCAUACCUGAUAGUCAAAAUGACUUCUCGCCUGAUGAUACAGAUAAGGACCCGGAUUUUUUACUACACGAAGAUCUUGCAGUGUCAUCAUCUUCGGAGGAUGAAACCACUACAAUUAAUGAUAAUACAGUUCAGGAUGAAAAUGAUAAAGCGAAGAAGGGCAGAAAAAGAAAAGCCGUACCGGAAGAAUGGAGAAAAAAUAAAGCUAAGCUAUUAAGAAAUUGUGGAAAGGCGUAUAUAUCGACAUCGAAGUCACAAAAACCAAUGCCAGAAAGACAAAUGAAACCAACAUGUACUGAAAAAUGUAAACUGAAAUGUUAUAACAAGAUUAAUGAGGAGAAGAGGCAACUUAUUUUUAUGAAUUUUUGGAAAAUGGGAGAUUUAGAUAAACAACGUCAAUUUAUCAAUAAACAUGUAACUGCAAUUAAACCGAAGUACAGAUAUAUUCGCGAAGGAAGUACAAGAAAAGAUUAUAAUCAUGCAUUUAAUUUUGAAGUUGACAGAGAUUUAAUUCGAGUUUGUAAGACUUUUUUUAAAAAUACUCUGGGUAUAUCCGACAGACCGAUAAGAACAGUAAUUUCAAUGCAAAACUCUAUAGUUGGGGGUUUUCUGAAAGAUGACAAAAGAGGCAAGCAUGGUAAACACAAUAAGCUUGACAUUGCAAUUAUUGAUGGGAUUAAAGAACAUAUCAAUUCUAUACCUAGAAUUGAGAGUCAUUACUGUCGAGCUAGUACGAGCCGGGAAUACAUUGAAGGAGGUCUCUCUAUUGCACAAUUACAUAGAGACUAUGUUACAAAAUGUCGUACAGAAAAUGUUCCUCAUGCUGAUUAUCAAAUAUAUUACAAUAUAUUUACCAAAGAGUUCAAUAUUUCAUUUUGGUCUCCAAAAAAGGAUCAAUGUGAGGAUUGCGCAGCUUAUAAUAAUGCAGAAGAUAAAGAGCCGUUAAAAUCCAAAUACGACUCUCAUCUAGAAGAAAAAGAUUUAGUAAGAAAAGAAAAACAGUUCGAUAAAGAAAAUGCCAAUGGAAAAUGCAUAAUUGCCGUAUAUGAUUUGCAAGCCGUGAUGCCGUGUCCACGAGGGGAUGUUUCCAAUUUUUAUUAUAUUUCAAAACUAAAUGUUCUGAACUUAACUAUUUACGAACUUGGAUCCAAAGACGUGAACUGUUACGUUUGGCAUGAAGGUGAAGGCGGAAGAGGAGUCAAUGAAAUUGGAUCCUGCGUUUUAAGUUAUUUAAGAAGGCUGCAAGAAAAUACUAAGGAUGAUUUUGAAGUCAUAUUUUAUAGCGACAACUGUUGUGGACAACAAAAAAAUAAAUAUAUGAUUGCAAUGUAUAUUUACGCAGUCACUAAUUUAGAAAAUUUGACGGCUAUUACACACAAAUUUCUAAUAAAGGGCCACUCACAGAAUGAAGGAGAUUCUGCACAUUCUGUGAUAGAGCGUAAUAUUUCAAGAUCCUUGAAAUCUGCACCUAUUUACGUCCCGGAACAAUACAUUACUUUGAUUAGAACCGCUAAAAAAAAAGGAAAUCCAUACAGAGUCCAUGAACUAAAUCAUGAAAGUUUCUUUGACAUUAAGAAAAUCGCAGACGGAGUUGGAUCAAAUUACUCAAUUAAUGAAGAUAGAGAAAAGGUAAAAAUGGGGGAUAUUAAAGUUAUAAGAGUGGGGAAAAUUCACAAUGAUCGAUUCUUUUACAAGUGUUCCUUUAAAGAAGAUAGCUUCAAAACUGUACUGGUCAAAACUCGAGCUAGCAAAAUAAAAAAGAAUUUGAGUUCAGAAAUACAACCGCUGUAUUCAACAAAAUUACCUGUAUCUGACAGUAAGAAAGCAGGUAUACUUACACUUAUAGAUAAAAAUAUAAUACCUAGAUUUUAUAAAAACUUCUAUGAAAAUCUGUGACUUCAUUGUUUUUUGAUUAUUUUUCUAUUUUACCACUCAUUGUUAUUUUUCUAGAAGAGUUUUGUUUUUUUUAGACUACUUUUAAUUGAGAAGAGACUGAAGUUUUAAGUUAAUGCUUUAAUUCUAUAUUAUUGGUAGUAUUUUUGUUUUUGGAUUUUUAAUUGUUACUAAAAAUCAAAAUAAUGGUACCUCUAUUUGAUUUUUAGAUAAAACUUUUUAUUAAUAGAAGACUUUUUUUAGUUUACUGAAACUAAUUUUUCUUUUCUUUUUGCAAUUUUAUUUUUUUUAAGUAUGUUAAGAAAUAGCUUUAAGUUUAAGCUCAUUGAUCUCAAUAAUAUUCUAGCCAUUGAUUUAUCUAAUAAGACUGUGUUAAUUUUAAGAUCAUUUUUGUUAAAGAAUUUUAUUUCAUUAUAAGUAAUUUUAAGUGGAUGUGCCAUCCUAUAAAGAUCUCAAAUUGUAAAAUAAACUUACUUAAUAAAACUAUUUUUCCAUUAUGAAGUUAUUUUUUUUAGAAAAUCCGUGCUUGUUAUAUUUUUUUUUUAUGUAGAAAAAAGACACUUCUUGCUAGAAAUGAUUCUAUUUCAAAAAUAAAUAAUUAAAUAACACACCACCUAAAUACCCACGUAAAUACCUUCUAAAUGAUAUAUGACACUUCUAUGUAAAUAUAACACUUUUAUAGAAACACGAAUUUUAAUGAAAUUAAA